ACUCUUACAAUUAAUGUCUGCUAGACUGUUUGAGGUGUCACACUUCACAUUCAAAAUUUUAUGAAAAUCUCGUUGUUGUUUUAUAAAAAAUAAUGUCACGUAUUAUGCAAAACAGUUGCAGUCUCCAGCGUAUGUUCUUUUUGUUUUAUAUAUUACUGUUGGGCCUUUCGUACUGUCAAGCUGCUGUGAAUAAAUAUUCAAAAGAGGCGAAUCAACCAGAACCUGUUGAAGGCGUUGACAAGGAUUCUUGGAAAAGUAUUGACAAACCUUUUCGCCUCGCUAAAAUUAACUUGAUUUGGGCUAAAGCUCAGAAGAGACUGACAGAGUUUAAGCUGAAAAGUCUUUACAGUGAACUUAAAGUGCAAGAUAAGGAAGAAUUGCAGCUCAAGCGGUUGAAGGCUGAUAACUUGGAUAAGGAUGGUCUCAAAGAAGCUGAAAUAAGGAAGAAGUUUGGCAAUGUCAUUGAACGUUAUGGGUUGGCUGAUCACUUUGAUAAAGAUACCGAAUCAAACCAAGCUGACAGUACGACCAACAGCCAUAGCAUUUUCAAAGAUAAGAAGCUGAAUAAACUGUGGUUAAAAGCUGAAAGUGCUGGAUUUACAGAACCUGAAUUGAAAAUGCUCAAGGAUGAAUUUGCUCACCACCAGGAAAAGGUGCUACAGUAUUAUAGCCUCUUGGAAGAGCACAACAGCAGGAAACUAAGAGAAGACACAGAUGCCUUCGUGAAUGAAGCUUUUACGGACACACUUCAGGAUUUGGGAGAUAAAAUUGAGCCAAAUUUGGAAAAUUCGGCUGUUGAAGGAGUGAGGAGUACUCAUCGCGAGCUGAAAUAUGGCUACGACCGCCUUGAACGCAUGACCCUAUCGGGACCUAAAAGCCGUGAUUUUGAAGAGCCCAAAGUUCAGGGACUGUGGAAAAUCGCUCUCAACGGCGACUUUACCUCUGAGGAAUUGGAAUCUCUCCGCACGGAACUGCGCCACUACGAGCAGAGAUUGCAAAAGCUGCGCUUUAUCCAGGCCCAGCACUCUCUCCAACAGGCCAAGACCGAAUUAGGCAACAAAAGUGAAUUUCAAGACGCAAAUGAGCUUCGCCAGAGGAUUAAAUUGCAGUCGCGCAAAGUGGAAAAGUUGCACGCCGACCUAGAAGCUCGAAUCACGCAACGGCACCUCGAGCUGUGAAGAAAUCUCGACCAGCUGGGCCGGUCAGCAGCAGCAGCAGCAGCUUAUUUUUGUUUUCAUCUCGAUAAGUUAUUAUCAUUCUAACGGCUGUUGUAAUAAUCAUUUGGCAUUUUUUCUACUUUAUUAUUCUAAAUAAAAAACAGUUUUCUUUUU